AUGCCUCCUUAUGACAGCUCUUUGCCGCCUACGGCACACCAUACGAGCUCUCUCUACCCGGAGCCUCCCUACCACCUACCCUCCGAUCCGUCGCGUCUCGCUCCCGAGGACGCAUAUUAUACACAGCCUCCGCCUCACAGAUCACGCCAGCCUGCACUUGGCAGUGUAGGAGCCACUACCGGAUCAGUAGUGAGACCGUUGACAGAGGUCAGACGAAAGAUCAAAGAGCGAAGUCGGAGCAGGAAGAAGACGGCGCAAUGGAAGAAACUCCUUUGGGUCGAGCAACAGUACCCUGAUAAUUACACUGAUGAGCAGACUUUCCUCCAUGAAUUGAAACGAAAUCCUUCCUUUCAGCAAUAUGAAUUCUGGCCGCUCAUGGCAGAUGCCACGGUCAUAGUACAACAUCUAUCUUCUGUAGCGAUCUUCAUCUGUUGUUUUGUCGGCAUCAUCCAAGAGAGAGUCUCGCCUGUCACUGUGGUAGGAUCUGGCAGCUUGAGCACAUUCUUCGGCUGGCUGUUCUGGGACUAUUGGGUCAGUCAAGAAGAAUUAGCAGAAAAGGCCUCAUUCGUCGCAACGGAAGCCAUAGAUGAAGCCUCAUCCGUAGACGAGAGGGCCGGAGGUCUUGAGAGUACAAGGACAGCUCAAUCGGCCGAUAGAGAAGGUCUAUUUCUCAACACAGACCCCAGUAUCACUAAGAUGCCCGGCCAGACCUACGAAUACAAAGCGAGUACUGCUUCCGAGGGCUCAAGUAUCUCCACAAAGUCAAUGCUGACUACUGGUCAUCCCACGGGAGCGUCAAGCUUCGCUACGUACAGUCACUUCCCACCACCCGGAGACUCUGUAUCCUCGUUGUCUCCGAGGAACCAGCAGCGUCUCGCAACCGCGAAAUCGGCCACUCUAAUAUAUUGCGCACUUCUUGGUCUAAGUCCCAUUCUCAAGUCUCUCACAAAGUCAACAACGAGUGAUUCCAUAUGGGCAAUGAGCUGCUGGCUCAUGUGUAUAAAUGUGUUCUUUUUCGACUAUGGGGGCGCGGUUGGUGCAAAAUUCACAGCGUCUCUUUCCACUAAUGCCGCUCUCAUGGCUUCCACAGUCCUAGCAUCCCGGCUACCAUCCACAACGCACGUGUUCUCAUUAACUCUGUUCUCCAUUGAGGUUUUUGGUCUGUUUCCUGUCUUUCGACGCUACCUCCGUCACAUCUCCUGGAAGGGCAACUUUGUGCUCACGAUCGUCCUUGUUGUCGGCGCUAGUGGUGGCGUAGGGGUGACUGUCUCAGGUGGUGCGUGGACAGCAGCAUUCGUCGGAAUCAUCCUUGGUGGCAUCACCACAUUCUUAACGAUGGGUAUCUGUAGCUGGUGGCUCAUCGGGCUGCAAAAGUAUAAAAACGAAAUCCAUGGACCUUGGGACCCUGCUCGACCGAUAAUCCGGCGUCGUUGGGACUGA